GCGGAGCUUCCUCAUAUUUUCCCAGAAAUUUCCUCUGUGUUGUAGGUGAAGCUUAGUUUAAAUUUAGGGCGUGAAUAGCGGCUCUUCUGCAAACCAAGGAACUUCAUUUGGCCGUUUUCUUCAUCAGCUGCUUCUCUCCGAUCAUCGUCUUCGAACAACCUUCUCAAAAGAGCCAUGGACUUUGUUCUGAAUAAGAUAGAUAAACACUUGGACAAUCAUAGAAGCCUUGAUCAACAUCGGAAGAACCUUAAAAGGAAAUUGGAGGAAUUGAUUGGUUUGAAGAAAGACACAGAAUCUAUAAUGAGAUCAGAGCUGCAGCCGAGAAAGAAACUCAAGGCGGAAGUCCAGAUAUGGUUGGAAAAUGUUGAAAGAGUCAAUGUCGAAGUGCAAGCCCUUGAUGGAAGAAUCGGUGAAAGUACUGCUCUUACACGUGGAUUUCACACAAAAGAUGUGUCAAAGAGUAUUACGGAAGUUGAAGAACUUAUUAUUCAACAUGGUAAGUUUCAUGGAGGUUUGGUGGUUGACAAUCCUCAAUGGAUAGGACAAGUUUUAUCGACAACAAGUUUAUCAGGUGAAGCUGUAAAGGCAUGUAUUGAAGAUAUCUGGAAUUGCUUGAUGGAUGAUGAGGUUCCAAAGAUUGGAGUUUGGGGGAUGGGUGGCGUGGGGAAAACAAGCAUCAUGAAGGUUAUAAACAACCAACUCUUAAAAGAGACAGGGAAAUUUGAUAUUGUGAUUUGGAUCACUGUAUCCAAAGAGAUGAAUGUUGCUAAACUGCAGAAAGACAUUGCUAGUAAAAUUGGAGUAGAAUUUUCUGGUGAUGAAGAUGAAACUACAAGGGCAGGGAGGCUCUUUGAAACAUUGUCUCAGAAGAGUAGGUUUGUGAUGAUCUUGGAUGACCUAUGGGAGAAGGUUUCACUUGAGAGAAUAGGAAUUCCUGAGCCAUCAAAUGGGACUAAAUUAGUGUUGACAACAAGAUCAGCUGAUGUGUGUCGACAAAUGGGUUGUAGAAUGAUUAAAGUGAAGCCUCUGACGGAAGAAGAGGCAUGGAAGUUGUUCUUAGAGAAGGCGGGCUGUGAUAUUCUCAAUAUUCCAGCGGUGGAACCAAUUGCAAGAUCAGUUGCUAAGCAUUGUGCAGGUUUGCCCUUGGGUGUAAUUACUAUAGCUUCUUGUAUGAAGGGCAUUGAUGACAUUUCAGAAUGGAGGAAUGCACUAAAUGAAUUAAGUCUACGCGAAAAGAGUGUUAAUGGAUUCGAAGAUGAAGUGUUCCAACAAUUACAAUUUAGUUAUGAUCGUUUAAAGAAUCCAAAACUUCAAGACUGUUUCCUCAGUUGUGCAUUAUAUCCGGAAGAUUGGAAAAUUGAAGAACGAAGUCUUAUUCAACUUUGGAUCGCAGAAGGGCUUGUGGAAGAAAUGGAUAGCAUGAGGGCAGGGUUUGACAGGGGUCGUGCAAUAAUGAAUAGACUCAUCAGCAAUUGCUUGCUGGAAGUUUUUGCUGACGAAGAACAUGCAAGAUCUGUAAAAAUGCAUGAUCUUCUAAGGGACAUGGCAUUGCGUACUGCAAAAUCUCGAUUCUUGGUAAAAGCCGGCAUGAUGUUAGAAAAGGCACCAGAUGUGCAAGAAUGGAGCAUGAAUCUAGAGAAAGUUUCGUUGAUAUGGAAUCAGUGGUUAUAUAUACCCUUGGAAAUGUCACCCCCAAAGUGCCCCAGGCUCACAACAUUAUUGUUGUCUCAUUGCAAUAUAGCGAGUAUUCCAGAACGAUUUUUCAAGCAUAUGGAUGCACUCAAGGUUCUUGAUCUUUCCGAAAAUCCUAUCAAGAGUCUUCCAAUUUCCUUGUCAAAGUGUCCCGGGCUCACAACAUUGUUGUUGUCUGAUUGUCGUAUAGAAAGUAUUCCAGAAAGCUUCUUCGAUGAUGCGAAUGAACUCAAGAUUCUUGAUCUUUCCUUCAAUCCUAUCAAGAGUCUUCCGCAUUCCUUAUCAAAUUUGAAGAACCUCACUUCAUUGUUGGUUGAAUGUUGUGAUUUAGGGAAUGUUCCAUCGUUGUCAAAUCCUGAAGUUUUAAAGAAGUUGAAUCUUCGAGGAACAAAGAUCAAGGAAAUCCCGAAUGGAGUACUUUCAAGACUUUGUUGUCUUCAAGACUUGAUCGUCGGUGAAACUCUGAUAAAUGGAAAGGAGGUUGGUGGAUUGAAGAAACUGCAGGGAACUCUUGAAGGGAGGUUUUAUGACUGGCACAACUUAAAUAUGUAUCUCCAAGCUUGUCGUGGCCGAGAAGAGCCUCGUGAAUACAUAAUCUACGUGGGAAAUAGAUACUUUCAUAAGUCUACUGAAUAUGGAGGAAAACAAAUUGUUGUAAGAGAUCGUAACAUCUAUAACAACCGGAUUGUGCUUCCACGUGACAUUGAGGGAUUGGAUAUUGGGUGUUGCAGUGUUGAUUGCAGUGAGGAAUACCCGCUUUUCUCCAGCUUUAUCCUCUUCUCACUUUCCUCCUUUUCAUCUCUUAAAUCUCUUGAAAUAAAAGAUUGCAGAAAUAUGAAAAAGUUGUUCUCCUCCAACUGUGUGCCGCCAAAUUUACGAAGGCUUAAUGUUGUUGGGUGUAAGCAAUUGGAGGAAAUAAUAACAUCAGAAGUUGAACCGGAGGAAAGAGGAAUGGUUAUCACAGAGUUUCAUCUUCCACAAUUACGGGAAUUGGUGUUGAGUCAUCUACCGGAAUUGAAGAGCAUUUGCAGUGCUGGUGGAGUACUGGUUUGUGAUUCUCUUGGAAAAAUUGGGAUUGUAGACUGUCCAAAAUUAAAGAGGAUGGGUCUUAAUCUUCCCAAACUUGAUAUUGUCCCACCAUCUGCAUUUGCAUCUGCAUCUGCAAAUUUCUCUCUUUCAGUUUGGAUAUAUUCGGAUUGUGGACUGUCCAAGAUUAAAAAGGAUGGGUCUUAAUCUUCCCAAAUUUGAUAAUGUCCCACCAUCUGCGUCUGCAAAUCUUUCUCAUUCAAUUGAGAUAUCAUCAAAGGAGUGGUGGGAAUCAUUGGAAUGGGAUGGUCCCCUACCCAAGUCUCUUUUCGACCCCUUCGUGAGGAUAUGGUAAAAGGUAAAGGGAGGAUCAAACGGAGCAGUUGAG